AUGAGAAUAUAUUAAAAACUCUCUUUGAAAUAUUGUAAAUAAAAUGAUAUAUUUAAUAAUAAAAAUAAAAAAAUCAAUAAUGAGAAUAAUUUAUUUACCUUGAGUGUUGUGCUGAAUUGUUAUUUCAAUUCCUAUGUUUUUCAACAAUAAUAAUAUGCUCUAUAAGUAGCUUUAAAAUUUGAGAAGUUCAUCAAAUAGACUAUUAUGAUUACAAGAAAAGUAUGGAUAAAUACAUGAAUUAUUCAUGAAAUGAUAAAAUAAUCAGUAGAAGCAAAGAAAUAGAAAAAGUGAGAAAAUUGUUAUUUUUAUUUUCAGCUGUGGUUAGUAGAUAUCUAAUUCAUAAUAUUUAAGGUAUUAUAUUAUUUUAACCAGAAAAUAUCAAUAGCAGGCUUAAUUUAAUUAAAUGCUACAAGAGCAAAGAAUAUAAGAAAAGCUAAGUAUUAUAUAUCAG